CUAUCCCAGAUGUGUUCAUUUGCCAUACAUUACCAGAACGUCUGCUUUCACAUUCAAGACAUGCAUAACUUUGAACUGAAAGAAGCUUGUGAAUUUUCACUGUCCUGAAAGACAGUGCCUACUUCUUCUGUCACCAAAUAAAGACCCAGUAACAGAAGAAUGAAGACUUUAAUUAUUUUCUUCUGCCUCUGUGGCAUAGCUCCCAGUGUUCUGGGCUUGAAGGACCAGCACAACAAAAGCUCAAGACUUCAAAAAGCUCUGAGGCAUCUUUCAUCCAACCGUAAACCCUCCACUCAGACAGCUCCCUUUCCUCCGGUGUUUAUCAUCAGGAAAAAGAAGCCCACAGGGUCGCCGUCCACUGCCCCUGCCCCCACUCCACCCCCUCCAAAACCAGGUGCCCCUCCCCCAGCAGCACCAGCAACUUCUCCCAUCUUUAUAUUUCCACCCCCUCCUUCGCCCCCUGUAGAGCAGAGGCCACAGGCUCCACAAGCACCCCAGCUGCCCACCAUGCCAGGCUUUCCACAGAUGCCAUUUUUCACUGGUCCAAAUGCAGGUUUCCGAGGGGCUUCCAAUCCUUCUUUUUCAGCAGGUUCCACAGUCCCUCAGUCACCAAUGCUUCUGCCCCAAUUCCAGCCUCCAGCUGCUGGAUCAUUUGGAGGUAGUACCACAAGAACCUCUUCUCGUAACUCCCCAUAUGUUAUCAUUGUUCCCCCACAAAAAGGUCCAUCUCCCAGUCUGAGUCCCUCAAUGCCAACAGCCACGGCUAAGCCCCCUGCAGUUUCAUCGGCUCCGGCUGCUCCUGCACCACCAAACAUUUUCAUUUUCCCACCCCCUGCUCCAGUGUCACCCCCCUCUCCAUCACCACCUCUUCCAUCCAGUUCUUCCAAUGUUGCUCAGGGAGCAUCUCUGCCUGCGUCUGUUUCGUCACCACCUGCUUCUGCUCCACAGAUUUUCAUAUUUCAACCUCCAGUUAGGUCUUUUCCCUUUAUUCCUGCAACUGCAGGCUUUGGUCAGACAUCAAUAUUGGGUCCUGCUUAUGCUCCAACAACAUCUGCUUUCUAUAGAGGAAUGCUCAUUGGUCCACCAUUUCCAGGGACAGCAGCCAAACUUCCAGCCUUCUCUGCUGGUCCUGCCGGAGCCUCGGCACCCACAGCCCCGACAAACUCAGGAGGCCCUGCACCCACAGCCCCGACAAACUCAGGUGGCCCUGCAUCCACAGGCCCGACGUACUCAGGUGGCCCUGCACCCACAGGCCCGACAUACUUUGGAGGCCCUGCACCCACAGGCCCAACGUACCCAGGUGGCCCUGGACCCACAGGCCCGAAGUACUCAGGUGGCCCUGCACCUACAGGCCCGAUGUACUUCGGGGGCCCUGCAUUCACAGGCCCAACAUACUCAGGUGGCCCUGCACCCACAGGCCCGACAUACUCAGGUGGCCCUGCACCCACAGGCCCGAUGUACUCCGGAGGCCCAGCACCCACAGGCCCGAUUUACUCAGGUGGCCCUGCACCCAUGGGCCCGACGUACUCCGGAGGCCCUGCACCCACAGGCCCAACGUACUCUGGAAGCCCUGCACCCACAGGCCCCACAUACUCUGGUGGUACUGUAAGACAAGAUGUUUCUGGCAAUAGUGCAGGAGCUCCAUCACCUCCAAUUAUUAUUUUUCCUCUUUUUCCUCCUGCACAAGCCUCUCCCCCUAGGCCUCAACCGCCAGUCCCAGCAGCUCCUCCUCCAGCUCCUCCAAUAAUAAUAUUUCCACCAUUUCCAACAGCUCCUGGCUCAGGUACAGUUCCUGCCCCAGCUGCUUCCACUUCUGCUUCUGAAUCUAGCAGUCUUGUACCCCUUCAACCUACAAUUUCUUCACAAUCCAGACAACCAUCAGUAUCACUCCCCACUCCUGAGAUAAGGUUUCCCACACCCGCUGAGCAACCUCCACCACCCCCCAUUGCACCUCCUGCAGACACCCCUUGUCCCUCGGGGGCAGAUAGUGAUUCUCCUUCAGUUAUCCCAUCUCCGCCUGGAGGAGAUGAUAUCCCCCCAAUAUAUGUCUUUUCAUCAUCCAACAAUGGAGAGACAAGUGACCAGGCACCAAUCUUUAUUUUCCCACCUGCUUCCAGCCCACCUAGUCCACCACCAACACCAAGCCCUCCUUCACAACCCAUUUUCAUCUUCCCUCAAGAAAGCACCUUGACGUCUGGAUUCCAGACUGGUGAGGUGAUAUCUGGUGGACAGAGAAUGGCAACCUUCUUCCUCUCUCAAGGAGCAGCAGUUCCAGGAGCAGAAGUGGGAACAGCAGUAGGCACAGGAGGAAUGGGUGAAACCAAACCUACACCUCUUGUGCCAGCCACAGCUGCCACUCCGACAAAAGAAAGUACUCAGCCUGUAUCUGGAUCCAACGCAGAGUCAGGACCCCCUAAUAUUCUUAUUUUUCCUGGGAUAUUUUUACCAAUUCCUGAAAAGACAAAUACACCAGAGAAUAUGGUUGCAGCUCUGAAGAAAGAUACAUUUCCUCAGGUUCCAAAACAGGCUUAUCCCAGAAACCCACUGGCCAUUUCUUUAGGAAGAAAGAAGACUAAAUAAUAUUAGGGAAAAGAACAUGCACACAAGCAACAGAACUAAACGUAGGGCAAAAACACUGUAUGUUGUGUAAGAAACAGCAUCUGGGCUCUUGAAUAUGUUGGAGGAUUCUUCGCUAAAACUGUUUCAUACUUGCUUUCUUUGUAUUACGUCUAUAUUACUAAGUUAUAUACAGCUAUAAGAAUACAGCUAUAAAUACAUGACAACACAAAAGAUUUACUGAAAAACUAAAGGACUUUUUAAAGGUUACUUUGCUGAAUGAAUUUUUUUGUAAACUGAAGCUGACCUUAUUAAAUGUGCUAGUUACUUAUAGGCAAAUAUAGAAAC